GCGCAGUUUGCCGCUUCUGCACCAGCCUCAAUUCCCUUGCUUCGGAAGCUCUACGUUUUAAGCGAACCGCUAGCACUCGCGGCUCGGCCGCCAGCCGCCCAACUUCUCGUGUCGCUAACGGCGUGCAAGCCGGCGCCAUGUUCGUCCAAAAGCUGAACCCCCUGACCGGCGAGGCGGACUGGGUGCUCGUGAAUGACCCGGGCCUGGGCGACGAGGACGACGCGUCGGCCGACCUGGUCGCGACAUCAUCCUACCUCGACAUGCUGACCGACUCCCGCCGCAACGCCGCUUACGCCGCGGCGCUGCGACGCGUCAUCCCCGCGGUCGCGAAGGCAGCCGCUGCUAAAUCUGCGAAAGCUGGCACCGACCCUGCUGCUACUGCUGCUGCUGCUGCAGCUGCGGCGGCGCAGCCAGCUGCAACUACAGCCGGCGACGCGGCUGCGUUGGCAGCCGGCGCGGUGUCGGGCGGGGGCCCUGCCGCGGUUCGUGUGCUGGACAUCGGCACCGGCACCGGCCUGCUCGCCAUGAUGGCUGCCCGCACACUGCAGCAGCUACAGCCGGCGGCAGGCAGCGGCAGUAGCAGCGCAGCAGCUCCAGCUGCUACUGCCGCUUCAGGCGCGGGGGCGGCUACAGCCGGGGCGGAGGCAGGCGACGUCCGGGCCAGCUCUGGGGGAAAGGGGAAGGAGGCAGGGAAGGAGGAGGGGGAGGGAGGCACGCUGCCUCCGGACGCGCCGCCCAGUGCGCCUGUGGCGGCAUGCGAGGUGUUUCCACCCAUGCAGAACUUGUCAAGGAAGGUCAUCGCAGCCAACGGCCUGUCGCACUUUAUUCGCGUCGUCAACAAACGCUCCGACGAAAUGGUCGUGCGCCCGCCGCCCUCAGCCGCCGCCGCCACCGGCACUGCCGCCGCCGCCGCCGCCGCCGCGCCCACGCCGCAGCAGCAGCGGCUGGCGGCGGCGCGCGCCAAGGCGGCGGCGGCGGCUGCCGGCGGCGCCCCUGGAUCUGAUCCGGAUCCGAUUGACAUGUACGAGCGGGUGGACGUGGUGGUUACGGAGAUCUUCGACAGUGAACUGCUGGGGGAGGGAAUGAUUCCCACCAUGCGACACGCCGUGCAACACCUGAUCAAGGAGGGCGGUGUGGUCAUUCCGUCACACAGCCGCGUGUUCGGGCAGCUCGUGGAGUGCCCCGUGAUGGACCGCAUGGCGGGCCUUCGCCGCGGCGGCUCGGACGCUGCUGCUGCUGCUGCUGCUGCUGCUACUGCCGCCGCCUCGGACGCUGCAGCUGCUACUGCCGCGGCUCGGGUGCUGGGCGUGCUUGGGCAGCUGGACGCCCGGGCGAGGGCGGCGCAGUACCGGGGCGGGGAGGACGACAUGUACGAGAUCCGGGAGAUGCACGUGGACCUACUGCACGAGUACGACGUACGGCGCGGCGCACUGGCGGCGGCCGGCGCAUUCGCACCUGCGGGCACCGGCACCGGCAGCGGCGGUGCCGGUGUCAGCAGCGCUGGCACCGGCACAGGCACGGGCACCGGCACAGGCGGCGCCGCCGUCGCUGCCCCUGCCUCGGACCCUCAACAGCAGCAGCAGCAGCAACAGCAGCUGUCCAUCCGGCCCCUCAGCGAUCCCUUCCUGGUGUUUGACUUUGACUGGCUGCGGCCGCCGCCGCCGUCGGGGCGCAAAACGCGCGUGCAGGUGCCCGCCACCGCCGCCGGCAGCGCCCACGCUGUGCUGCUGUGGUGGCAGCUGGGCAUGACGCCCCACGACAGCCCCGCAGCCCUGGACGCAGCAGCAGCAGCAGCCGCAGGCAAGGUUGUAGCAGCAGCGUCCGAAACGGCGGCGGCGGCGGCUCCUUCUCCUCCUGCUUCUUCUUCUCCUGCUCCGCCGCCACUGCUGCUGUUGAGCACUGCGCCCGUCUGGCUGGGGGGCGCGGUGGCGGCGGGCGGCGACGGCGGCCCCAGCGCCGAAUGCGGGCUGCGGCAGGGGUGGCGCGACCAUUGGAAGCAGUGCUGGCUGCAGCUGGCAGCUGAACCGCCGGCGCUGACGCCCGGCCAGUUGCUGACGCUGGCGUUUGAGCACGACGACGUCUCCCUCAGGGGCAAGAUGGUGGUGGCGGCGGCGGCGGCGGGUGCGGGCGCGGGCGCGGGGGGGAAGGAGACGGGUGCGGGUGCGGGUGCGGGCGCGGGCGCGGGGGGCAAGGAGGCGGCCGCAGCAGGCGCGGGUGCGGAAGAUGCAGCAGGCAAGGAGGCCGCCGAUGCUACUGGUGGUGCUGGCGGCAGCAGCAGUAGCAACCCCGGUGGCAGCAGUAGCGCUCGGGAGGUGCUGGCGGCGCUGCGUGCGGAGGCGGCGGAGGCGGCGCAGCUGAUCCCGCUCAUGGGCUGCAUGGGGCCGCAGGCGCUGUGGCAGCUAGGUGACGAGGCCCGCCUUGCCACCUUCAGUCGCGCACUGCAGCGGGCGCUGGAGCAGGCGGGGGUGGCGGCGGGGGCGGAGCAGGAGCGGGCCGGAGCAGCAGCGGAGCGGGAGGGCGGCAGCAGCAGCAGCAGCGGCGCCGGAGGAGGCGAUGCCGGCGUCGGCGGAGGGGGCGGUGCUGGAGGAGGUGCCAGUGGUGGUGCGGAGGUGGUGGUGGUGGACGGGUCGCUGGCUCUGGGGCUGCUGGCGGCGUCGCACCCGGGCGUGUCGUCGGUGACGCUGCUGCAGGAGAGCAGCAUGGCCAUCAACGAGUGGAUCACCGCCGCCGCCGCCCGCCUGCUGGGCGCCGCCGCCGCCGCCGACAAGAUCCGAGCCGUACGGUCCGAGGCCUAUUUCAAACGACUGGCGGCCGGCGGCGGCGGCGGCGGCGGCGCAGGUGGCGGCGGCGGCGCAGCCGCCAAGGCCGCAUCGGCUUCCAUACAGCAGCCGGGGCAGCAGCAGCAGCAGGGGCCGCAGCAGCAGCAGCAGCAGGGGCCGCUGGUGUUGCUGUCAGAGCCCUACUUCUCGGAGUUCGAGCAGCUGGUCCCGUGGGCGCACCUCAAGUUCUGGCGUGACUACGACGUCAUUCGCGGCUCGGCGGCUGCGGCGGCGGCAGGGCCGGCGGCUGCGGCAGGGGCGGCAGCAGGGGCAGCAGGGGGAAAGAAGCAGCAGGGCGGGCGGCGGAGGCGGGUGGUGUGUGUGCCGGCGGCGGCACGCCUGGUGGCAGUGGCGGCGAGCCUGCCGGAGCUUUACCGCACUCGCACCGCGCUGGGUGUGAUCGAGGGCCUGGAUCUGUCGCCUGCGAACAACGUGUUGGGCGUGGUGGGCGCCGGAGCGGACGAGCAGGGGGCGGAGGGGGGCGCGGCAGCCGCGCACGGCAGCGGGGCGAAGUGGGGCAAGGAGCGGGAGGACGAUGAGGAGGAUGACGUCUGGGGCGACGACGAUGACGAUGACGAGGGUGGUGGUGGUGGUGGCGGCAGUGGUGGUGGCGGCGGGAGGCAGCCGCUGCCCAUCCUGCCGUACGCCAUGUGGCAGGCGGGCGGCGGCUAUGUGGAGUUGUCGCCGCGCACCCCGCUGCUGCGCCUGGACUGCACCGGACACCUGGGCGACGUGGAGGGGGAGGCGGUGCUGGAGCUCAACGCGGCGGCGGCGGCGGGUGGCAGUGGCGGCGGUGGCGGUGGCGGUGGCGGUGUGGGUGGUCGGGAGGAGGGUGGGGAGGGUGAGGAUGGGGGUGUGGAGGUGCAUGCGGUGGUGCUGUGGCUGGAGUACGACUUGCUGGAGCCUGGGCCUGUGGGCGGCGGCGCGACGGAGGAGCAGGGUGGGAAGGAGCAGGGUGCCAACAAGGAGCAGGACGGUGGUAAGGAGGAGCAGCAGGGUGGGAACGGCCUGGUAGUGAGCACGGGCCCCUGCCCCCUGGGCGGCCCCGGCCCGGCGGUGCAGGGCGUGUACCUACUGCCUCGGCCGCUGCGCAUUGGUGGCGGCGGCGGCGGCGGCGGCGGCGGCGGCGGCGGCACGUGCACGCGGCUGCACGUGGCGGCGGAGUUUGACGGGCUGGAUGCGGAUGUGAGCGUGACCGUCACGCCGCUGCCGUGAUGCGGCUGCUGCUGCUGCAAUGCGCAAAAACUUAGUUUUUGUUUGUGUGUGCAGUUGUGAGUGUGUAUUUCAGGCUUCGGAUAAGGAGCAGGUCUGGCCGAAAUCGUGCAAUUCGGGCAUGCUUCGUUUACACGGUCUUGCGAUUACCGGUACAGCAAGGAUGACGGUACGGGUGUAGCAGCAGGAAACGCCGUAAAAGGACUUGAUGCUGAGCUGGGGCUUUCCUUAGGCUAUGUGGGACUUGCGCGCCGUCGGGCCUUCCUCCUUCCUCGGGGCGUGGGAGUACCGUAAUGCCAGCGGCGGCGGCCUCAGUGGCGGCCCCACUGCCGGUGCGGACAACGCCACCACCAGCACGGGCGCGGGGGCUGGGACGGGCACGGGCUGCAGUGGGGCACAGAGACUAUGGUGAUAGAAGAUGCUGUGGACGAUUGCAAUGCGAUUACGUAUCAGAGAAGGCUGCAGCCACUGUAUGUUGACUCCUUCAAUGACCCUUGUGCGUUGUGAAGCCCGGUCCGGAAGCAAUUGCAGGGAUGUGAUUAAAGAGAAAUGUAAGCUAGUGUGAAUGCAAAUGCAAGACGCCGCUGAUUAUCUGGGGUCAAGAGGAGAGUCCCCCGUCCUCAGAGGCUCUGCGAGCCCAGCAGCUGCCGCCUGCUAGCCCAUGGUGAUUCGCUGGAGUCCGCCUGUGCCCGGUGCCGACCUCGCCUCGCGUGUGCAACUCAGCAGCUGUGCACCGCUGCAGCCCGCAGAACGCGUUGGGUGUAGCAGGAUAUCCGGCAAAAGCCACAUCCAGAUGCCCCAGGGCGUGUUCCGCAGGGUUAUAUACUUGUGUUAAUGACGAGUGUGGUGGAAACGAAUGCGUACGUAGACCAGAGCGGACGGUGGAGUGGGCUUGCAGGCGGCACGAGAGUAGGCAGUCAGUAGCGCAAGUUGCGAAUUCACAUGUUACCUCGUAACCGCCGUGUGUUGUAGAACUUCCGCGUUCCGCCCACAUUGGGUGCGACAGUGCAGUGUCGGUUUGCACGUUGUCUGGAUGCACACAACUGCCAAUUUAUCACGCAGCUGUCAGCCGCAAAGAACCUGCACCUGUUUUGCUUGCCCAACUGAAGAAGCGGUGAUAUGCCAGGGCCCGGUGUCGAAGGGGGCCCAAGAGUCUAAGUUCAAAUGCGGAGAUGCGCGAUAUGGGGAAUCGGCUGUGCGUGCUGGGACAGGGAGGCACAGACUUGGCCCUAACUAACUGCUUCCUUUCAGCUAAAGUUCGCCUUUGCCGAGCACCGGCCCGAUGUCGCGUGUGCAUCACUGCAACGUUUCAAGUGGGUGCGAGCUGUGCAUGUGUGAGAGCUCCCCAAGGAUGUGGCCUGGGAAACAUCGUGCCAACACGACACAGAGGGCCAGCACUUGUUCCCUUGCAGAGGCACGCAGCUCCAUUCCUGCAGCUGCAUUACAUGAUGACGCCGUAGUCAAGUUCACGGGUUGGCGCCGCGGUGUUCGGGCAUGCUUUGGCACGCGGGGCAGCUGCGAUGUUAGAGCCAGAGCUCGUGUGCUUGACCGGGUUUUCGUUUCUGGACAUGUAUGCCAUAUGCUUGGCUUUGGUGUAUUAUGUUCAGGCAGGCAAUCGGCUUCGCCUGUGCAAAAUUCCG